GUUGCACUUGGGCCGGUGUUGCCCAAAGUGAACAACAAGAACUCAGCCGCCAGACAGGAAUGCAGCUCCGUAACCCUUUAACCCCAACCCCCACCAAGGGGCUCCCGUAGAUAGACUGUAGGAUGUUUUUUCAAGACUGCCUAGCACGGGCUGCUCUUAGUUGUUUCUAGACUCUCGUUUUUGAAUUUGUCAUUGUGCAACCCUUCACUGUUGGGCAUGCGUUGCAUGUGCCAACGAAUCUUGCAUACUCCAGGCGAGGAGCAGAUUCUAGAUACAGGCCUCCCUACCAAAACAACUUCUAGCAAAAAAUAUUUUUUAUUAGCUAAUUUAGCUAAACUAAGCGUCCUCGUUCUACACGGUGCAAGAGAGUAA